AUGCAGACACAUCGCUUUGUUUCCCUGGAGACAGCAUACGGCUCUAUUACUCUGUUUACAUCGUUGCUCCACAACAUUUUCCUGCUGUACCACGUGGAUGUAUUCGUCUCAGUCUACAAGAUCGAUAAGUCAUCGUUCUGGUUGGGGGAGACUAUUUUCCUAGUAUGGAACUCCCUUAAUGAUCCAUUAUUUGGCUGGUUCAGCGACAAGAAAUUUUUAAGUCUUUCCUCCUCAAAGAAUAGUAACUCCAGCAGCAUUGUAUGGACCAGACUGAAAACGUUACACCUUUAUGGUCCUUUGUUUGCAUGUGCAUUUAGCCUGUUUUGGAUAAACUGGGCAUGGCCAGGGCUUCAGUUUGCAAUUUGUUUGUGCCUUUACGAUGGAUUUCUGACUAUGAUAGAUCUCCAUCACUCUGCUCUUUUGGCAGAUCUGUCAGUGUCUGAUAACUUGAGGACAAGACUGAAUGCCCGCAGCUCACUUUUUAGUGCAUUUGGGUCUUUGUCAGUUUUCCUGUCAUAUUUGGUCUGGAACAAAUCCAACCUGUUUGUCUUCAGAUGUUUCUGUUAUGGCUUGGCUGUCUUAUCAUUUGUGGGUUAUUCAAUCAUGGUGAGAGUUUUGAAGACAUCAUACAUGAAAUUUCUCAAGGAUUCCGACCCUGACAUUGAAGUAGCACACCCAGCUACAGGAAAUGGAGCGGAUCCAAAAAGUCAAGCUUCAGUUGUGAAAUUUGGGAAGCAACUUUUAAGUCAUAAAAAUUUUCUGUGGUUUGCGUUUCUUAAUUUUAUUCAGGUUUUUCACUGCCAUUUCAACUCAAAUUUCUUUCCAUUAUUUCUGGACACACUGUUAGGAGAGGCUGUUAGUCCUGCCAUUGCAUCUUGUUUGUUGGGAGUAUCUUUUGUUGCACCUCACAUAAACAACCUUUACUUCCUCAAACUGUGUGAGAAACACGGAAUUUAUUCAGUGAUUCGAACAUUAUUUAUUGUCAAGCUGUUCUUAAGCUUUUUAAUGUAUGGAGCUGGACCACAUCAAAUCUGGUUGCUGUGCAUUUUCAUUGCAAGCAACCGAGUUUUCACAGAAGGCACCUGUAAACUUCUGAGCUUGGUGAUAAGUGACCUGGUGGAUGAAGAUGUUGUACUCCACAGUAGGCCUCAAGCGGUGUCUGCUCUGGUGUUUGGAACUGCUGCCCUAGUUUCUAAGCCAGGUCAAACUUUAGCACCAGUCAUAGGGACUUGGGUGUUGAAACUUCAGACAGGCCAUGACAUUUUCAGAACUGGUGAGGAGUCCGGUUCCAUCAAAUUAGAUUUAUCAAAAAUGGAUGCUCAUACAAGAGACGCAUACAGGAAUGGUGUAUUCUUGAUGUUAAUAUGUGUACCGGUGGUGUGUGCAUCAUUCCAGCUGCUGGCUUGGUCAUGUUACACGCUCCGGGACCAGCGUCUUGCCAAGGUGAAAGCAGUCAGGGCAGGGAUGAUGCAUGUGGAAAUAUGA